AUGGAUGAACACCCCGGCGGAGGAGGAGUUGGAAUGGCCGCCCCAAGACCUCAGCAACAACCGCAGGGGAAUAACAACGCUAAUCCCCAAGUCGGUGGUGGAGGUGGCUCAGGGAUGGGGCAGCAGCAUGACGAGAUGCCACGGCCACAGCAGUAUACCAUCCCCGGUAUUCUACAUUAUAUCCAGCACGAGUGGGCCAGAUUCGAAAUGGAGAGAGCUCAUUGGGAAGUGGAAAGGGCCGAACUUCAGGUAGCUAUCUAUUAGCAAGCUAACUUGUUUAACGUUACCUUAGCUAGUUAGCUAGCUAAAUAAACAGAGUACAGAAUCUUGAGCAACAAUGCAUUUUGCCUGGAUAGUGUGCAACAUUUGUUUCACCCCCUUUGCAUACAGUGGGCAUGCUUCGAUAGAUAAAAAAUGUCUACUGUAGUUUGUCCGCCCAACUUGAUUAUGUUAGCUAUCAAAUACCACCAGCUAGCUAGCUAGCCACGGAUAACAGGUAGCUAGCUAACGUUAGCUUAGCACACAGAAUGGCAAGCUAUGUCACUCUUUUUUAAAAAGUGGAACAUCAUCAGGUUGAUGUGUUUGCAAUGUCUUACCCGUGAUCUUAUUAAUCAUGUUGACUCUUGCUGUUGUGGUAUUCAUUUAGUAGUUUCAUGUUAGAGUCGUUGAACUACAGAAUGAUCUAAUCAAACCGCUGACAGUCAACUAAUCUCCGAGACUAGGAGCCAUUUUGGUUUGGUCAUUAUGGCGACGACUUGGCUGGGUCUUCUUGAGUCACGUUAGGUUACGGUCAAUCUUGAAUAGGAAUACAUCUCAUCUUAUUGAUCAUAUCAGCAAUGUUUUUAACUGAAAGUGUUUUUUGUUUUUUUUAUCAGAAAAUCCCAUAUAGUCUGAUGCCAGUCAGAUGGCUCGUGCCUGUUGUUAGCAAGCUAACAUCAACAAAGCUAGCUAGCUGUCAAGGGCCCCACACAGUCUGACAGUGGCACACACUAGCUAGCUAUGCACUUCAAGAUCGAACGGUAAAACAUCUGUGGCUUUAGACUUAGCAAACUAGCUAUCUAGCUACAUUACUUUUAUAAUUGUUUUUUGUGUCAUCUUGGCAAGUUGAAUUAUUUCUAUUACAUUUUGCCAGGUUUUGUUAUAACACGUUUAUUAUGACAUCAGCAAAGUGAUAAUUCUGUCUUGCAGAGAGGAAAGGGAAUGUUGGUUCAGUUUCAGUUUUGUGAUUGUAAUAAUAAGGAAUGUGGAAGUGUUGAAAUGCCUGGGACAGAGUAGAGUACUGCUUUGUUUGAACACAACCCACAACAAGCCAGGUGAGGUGGAGGCAGAUGGGAGGUUAUUGACUCCCCUUUUACUGACUUGCUCAGUGACACAUGCCUUCAGCAUGACUCACUCUGACCACACCAGUCAAGAGAUUGAAAUGGAUAGAAGGCAACACAGUCAUCCACAUCCCUGUAGUGCUCUGUCAAUCUCCCCUCAGGACUAGUGAAGUGACAAAACUACAUGCCAUGACCCUGUAAUUGAAUGCCUCACUAGAUGGCCAGAAAACGAGCCAGAUUUAGGGCACUGUUCAGGGUUUAUGUCUAGGUCUGUCUAUAUAUAUAUAUUUUUUUUUAACAUUUCACAUAGCCCCUAUUUGAAGAGCAAUAUGAUAGAUACUUAUCUUGUCAACAUAAACAAAGUAUUAGCCUAUGACCUGCCUAAUUUGCCAGAACAAUAUAUUGUUAAACUUUUUAUUGAUAAAACAAUAUGAAUCAGUGUAUGCAUUCUGAACUUCUGUGUUGGUCACAUUAUUUCCAUUUUACGUUAAUGAAGCAAGCUGACAUCCUAGAUUAUUUUGGUCAGCUGCACCUUCACUAUUGUUUGAGUUGCUUUGCGGUCCAGCCACACCACUCAAGCAGUCAGCCUCGUUAGCACAAAUCACUUCAAUGUCCACAGCAGUCACAUCAGGCCUGAAAGUAUCUGGGUUAAAUCAGGCUUUAUAGGUCACUGAGACUGCCAGGGCAUAUUAAGAACCAUUCUUAUGUGCUCUGUUCUUCCUUUGCCCUGGCUGUAGAAGACAGACAGACAGAGAAAUGGCAGCCAGACAGACAGAGAAAUGGCAGUCUGACAGGGCACUUUCCUUUCUAUUCAGAAUAUGGCUUGGAAAUAAAAUGUUUAUUAACACACAGAGUGUUCUAUCUGGGUUUUAUUUUUGAUAUGUUGAUGCUGAGUAUUUAAACACCACAAUGUAGGUUUGACAGGAUUAUGUUAUCCAACUGAUACCAUGUUGUUCUUUCUUGAUGAAAUUGAAAUCACCAUCUCAAUGUAGGCCUAUGUUCAUACCUUAGUAUUUCUGUGUGUAGUCAGUGUACUAUCUCUUAUUCACGUCAUUCUUUCAUUGUGCUUGAUUUGGUGGGUGAUGUAUUUUUCCACUGGGCAUCAGGUGUUUCCUCAGGACCCGUAUGAGCCAGCUGGUGCACCACUAUGUCAGUGCUCUAUCCUUAAAGCAUCAGUGCUAAUUAGUAUUACACUGCCAUUUUCUUCCACAGUUCUUUCUUGGUUAUACAUAACAUCUAUAAGUAGACAAGCUGAAAAUAGCUGUUCUACUUAAUGGACUACCUUGGCUCCUAAAAACGGUGCGAACUGUGUGAAUACAUUUUGACAGUUUCAGACUUGUCUGAUAAUAGGGUAUUAUUUUUAGGCCAGGGUUGUGAAACCAAGAUUGUUGAAAAUAUGACUUAUUUGUUGUUUAUUGAAGCAAGGUGGCUUUUAUACACAAAAACACAAACAAGUAGACAGACAGGCGAAUCCAAAAUACAGGCCUAAAUGUAUCUAAGUGUGUGACUAGGCCUAAGCAGUGUUCCUUUGCAGUGAAGUGGUAGGUAUAUGAUACGUUGGUGACGACAACUCCAAAAGGCAGCCAUUAUUUCUGCCCCCAUUACAGGACAGCUGUACAAUGAGGAAUGUGUCAGGAGUUGGCCAUGUCUAUUCCUGCUCCAAUACAGCCCAUUCCUUUGUCAGCAUGUUAAUUUGGGUCUGUGAGCUCACUCUGUAUCCCCAGUCUGACCGUUACACAUCUAAACGCUGUGACCUCACACACAUAGCAGCUAGGCCUAUACUGGCUUUGCUAACUGCACUGGGAUUGGUUCGAGGCGGUCUCAAGGGUGGUCCUUCGGGCAGGGGGGAUUCCCAAAGUGGUUUUAGCAGUAGUGAUUUAACAUUUAAAUUAAAAUUAUGAUCAUAGUUGGGAUUUGAUCACUGAUUAGUGUACUGUAUUUGUAUUGCACGUCACUAUGCCUGCCAUGCUCCUAUCAGGGAUAUUGAAAAGUGAGGUUAACAAAUAGACUAAUUAGUAUGACCUCUUUUAGAUUUUAGCUGUAUAUUAAAUCUACACAUACAGUGAUAUUUAUUUGAAGAAUGUUGUAGCCAGCUGUAUCUGCAGAGCUAGUAGCAUGCUUGUGUAACAGACUACUCUGGCUGUUGAGCUGGUUCCAGUGUAUACACAGCUGUUCGUUCAGCUGAAACCUUCCUUCUCCCUCUAGCUAAUGUUGACUGGCCAGACCUCCCAUGCUUAUGGUCCCAGCAAGACGUUCAUUUAGCCUUUUGACUUGCAUACCAAGGAAGCAGGCAAAUGAGAGAAUAUCGUACACAAAAUAUGACUGUUCCUAUAUCAUUCUGUUUAAUAGAACUGAUCUCAGUUGACUGAAGGGAAUCCUGUUGUUAAAAUUGACCCCAGUUCUCCAUGUUUUUCUGUAGAGAGUUAAAUCUCCUACUCCUUCUCUCCUUGAAUGUGCUCAAUUCUGUCUUAUCUUAUUACUUUGAGGGAGUGACUGGACCAGGUGAGUCAAUGGUUCAGAUCCACCAUAGUGUUUUCCUAGCAGGUAUGAUCUAAUACCAGAGAGCAAAGAAACUGUUAUGUAAACUAGCCGGUGGCCCAAUAUGUGGAGUCACUAUGUCAGAGCCAGGGUACCACACUUUCUCAGUCUCCAUGACUACGGAAUGGAAAUCGGUCUCCAGUUUACCUGCCAAUUUACAACUGGGUCGCAAUGGGCACCAUGACACCCCUACAGUCGAGAGAGGUUUUUAGGGGCAGCUGACUAAUAUUUUAUAUAGGUGCAGGAGCUUAAGCAGUAGAACAUUUGGAGUGCUGGUACUCUGCUCCGGUGAGCUCCUGCCCAAGUCGAGCACUGCCCCUACAGUCAAGGGGCGGCUGACUAAAAAUACCCCCUGCCUGCUACCCUUUUAAACGGCAUUGGGUUUCACAGCUGCUCAGUACUCCCUAGCAGUACAGAGUUGAGCAGGAGAAAAGGGCCAGCUAAAUAGUUCUGUAUGAACUGAACACCCCUACAGGGGUGAUGGUGCUAGAGAGGCCUGUGUUACAACCUGGGCCUGCUGCUCUGCUGAUCUGAGGAUAGUCAGGCACACUGCUAAUUGCAGUCCUACCCAGACUUGCCAGGUCUAUACCAAGGUUUCCCCAAUUCAUCUGCCUUAUAUGUUUUUGUUAGUUUAGGUCUAUUUUUACUCUUUGAGAGAGAAAUGUAAUGUGUAGGGUCAAUGUUGUACAGCAGUGGUCACCAACCGGUCGAUCACAUUCUUAGUCGAUCACCAAACAUUUCCUUUUUCUCUUUUCUUUGUGUUGCGCUGUUGGCGGUAGGUCCACUUGAUUCAGAAGCCCUGCACACCGGGUAGGCAAAGUGUUCCCAUUUUGAACCAUUUCAUUUGUCUGAAAAGACAAACUACGCCAACCCGGAGGACCAGGAGAUCUGUGGCUAAAUCGAGUGCGCCUACUGCGCUGGCCAAUCGAAUCACCAUGCCUACCUACAGCUUCCACUACCCCGGCCACAGCAAAGUUUGAUACUAGCCUACGUGAGAUUUCAUAACUUUUAAAACCAUGACCAGAGCGAGACUGUGAAAGAAUACAGCAAAGAGCUGCUGUUUUUAUGAGUGAGUUUGUCUUUAAGUUUUAUUCAGCUCUGUCAACACUGUUUUUAUUCAACACUAUUACAAAACAUAAAACGCACUUCUCUCUACUUCCACUCGCGUUGCAGCUGAAAUGAAUGAGCAGCCAAGUGUAUCGAUAGCCCUGCGUUUUUAUUAUUAUUAGCUAUUUUAAUAUCGGAGUAUUUCACUUUCUCUGGUCAUAGGAACAACAUGAUUUGUGCCUGAGGCAGUUGCGGUGCGACUCGGGUUUCGCCAUCAGAUGGAAGACUGUGUCCCCUCUCUCUGGUCAGUCUCACCAAAGGAAAGGAAGGAGAGAGCAGGGACCGUAAGAGGCGGACCCUCUGCUGCUCUAUCCCUCCGCUGCAACUAAUGCCAUGUUCAAAACAACUGGGAACUCGGAACUCAGAAAUCUCAGACUUCAGUGCAUUCAAGACAUCUGGGAACUCUGAAAAAAACGAGAUCCGACUGGGAUUUUUUGGGGGGAACAGUCAACCAACUCGGAAACUCUGGCAUCUUUCGAGAGUUCCGACCUGAAGUUCACUGAAGUCAUCAUUUGACCUUGUUUUUUUCCGAGUUCCCAGUUGUCUUGAGAGAACCAUGACCAUCUGAUGCAGGUACCAUCAGUCCAGUAAAAUUCAAAAGCAAAUUAUUUCAAUUUAUGCUCAACUGUGCCUCAAGUGCUACACCAACUGAUCUAUUUUGUUAUCAAAGCUCGAGUUUUGAAAUAUAAUGUGGUCUAAGCAGAGCAAUAUUGGCAGGCCAGGCAUAUAGCCAAUAUGCUGUGAUAAUGUAUUAGGCCUACUGCACAAACCUCAUUCCUACAUAACUGUUUUUAUUAGGUUAAUGUUACAUUUUAAUUCAUGUUUUAAAAAAAUAUCUCUGCCUUCUUUUUGACUGCAAAAGUGAUCUUGACUCAGAAAAGGUUGGUGACAACUGUUGUACAGGGUCAAUAGCUGGACUAGUAAGCCCCUACAUGGGGUUUGUUUGUGUGCAUAAUUAAAGUUUAAUGUGAUACAAAGAUUUGAUGGAGUAAUUAUUUGAAUGGAAUAUGAGGAUAAGAAGAAGAGUGUGGUAGUACUAGGUGAUGUUGUAAUCGUUGCUGCCUCUGACACAGUUAUUCUGCUGUUUUAAUAAUUCAGUAGACAUGACAUGCCUAUUUCCUCUGUGGGAAAGAGUAGUGUUUGAUACACCACAAAAUAUGACCUUUCAUGUGUAGUGCUUUCUAAGUUGAGAAUAAAAUGUUGACUUUAUCGGCAGACCCUAAACCUAUUUAUUUUUUCUCUUUUCUUGUUUCUUUCAGGCUCGAAUAGCAUUCCUACAAGGAGAAAGGAAGGGUCAAGAAAAUUUAAAGAAUGAUCUAGUUAGAAGAAUAAAAAUGUUAGAAUAUGCAUUAAAGCAAGAAAGGUGAGUGUAUACCUAUUACCUAUAAUUUUUUACAUGAGUCAAUAACGUCGAUACAAGGCCAAUUUCAAUCUUGGUCUCAUUGACCUCAAUGCCUGACAUUUUAUACAUUACCUGUGCAUAACUGCAAAGUAUGCUUAUUAUCACAUUUACUAAUCUCUUUACUUUAUCUUUUCUCUACUAGAGCAAAAUACCAUAAAUUAAAAUAUGGAACAGAAUUAAAUCAAGGUGAAGUUAAGAUGCCCAGCUUUGAAUCAGGUACGGACCUCUCCUCUCUGAACUGCAAUAAAACGUAAUGAUGAUAAAUAGAAUCUGUUGACAUAAAGCUAGUUUUACAGCGGUUUCAUUAACUUUUCUGUUGUGUUUACAGAAGAUACCAAAGACACAGAGGUCCCUGCUGUACCUCAGAAUAGUCAGCUGACGUGGAAACAGGGCAGACAACUCCUCAGACAGUGAGUACUCUACUGACAGCACACACAGCUUACAGGGCCUCGCAUGCAGCUACCAUGCUAACACACUUACUUAUAGCUCAAGAUGAAUUCCCAUCCGGGCCUGCAUCUCAGAAUAGGAGUGCUGGUCUAGGAUCAGGUCCCCCUUGUCCAUGUCAUCUGAUUCCUUAUAAUCUAAAAGGUCAAACUGAUCCUAGAGCAGCACCCAGCUCUUGAAUUGUUAGCUGCUACUGCACUGUUGGAGCUAGGAACACAAGCUUUUCGCAACACCCGCAAUAACAUCUGCUAAAUAUGUGUAUGUGACCAAUACAAUUUGAUUUGAGAUGCUUUAGGAAUACGUGCCCAGGUUUACUUAGUUAGCUAAGUAAUUUUUAUGUGUAAUUCUCUGUUUCUGUCCCAACAGAUAUCUUCAGGAAGUAGGUUACACGGACACAAUACUAGAUGUGCGGUCUCAGAGAGUGCGUUCGUUACUGGGCCUGUCCGGCUCAGAGCAGAAUGGCUCGGUGGAAAACAAGAACCUGGAUCAGAUCCUUAAUGGAGGGGAGUCUCCAGCCAAACGAAAGGGACAAGAUAUGAAAAGGUAGGUAGUAAGGCCUCCUCUGAUCAUGCAUACUGCCAAUCACUUCAGUGAAGGUCUGAAGGAAUUGGUGUUAUCCAACUGACACAAUGUUGCUCACUUUGCCUGACAACUGAAAUCACUCUCUUCACUUUUCCUGGCAACUUCCCAGAUAGCAGAUUUCUGAUGGAUUCUGUACAUUCUGCCUCUGUGCUCAGAACAGUAUGCUCUGAAUAGCAUUAGAUGCAUCAUCCAGACCUGUGCCAUGUAUGUGACUAAUCAAAUCAUCCACAGUGACGCAUUGCUCUAAAUAGUUUUCUACCUGUUUUACUAGGAAUCCAGGAGAUGUUCUGGAAACAUUUAACUUCUUAGAAAACGCAGAGGACAGUGAUGAAGAUGACGAUGAGGAUGGAGACCUGAUGGAGGAUAUAGACAGUGGCAAACACACAAUAAAAAAGCAUAAGAUAAAGGUGAAACCCUCUUUGCUACAGACAAUUACAUCUGGUCAUAAGUGAAAAGACCAUUCCUAAUGUUCUAAAUGUACUGCCGCUGUCAUCUCUGUGUAAAUGGUUGUAAUAAUGUCUUACUAAGACCAAAGUAGUGCUUAGCUCGACACUAGACUGGUAUCCUCAGACCUGAUUUAUAAAUGUUGAUAUUCAUCAAGAGAGAACCUUUAAAUGCCUGCUGUGUAAAAUAAGUCAACACAGUUAAAUUGGUACAAGAGCAUAUGGAACGGAAAUAACAACCACUAGUCUCCUAAAAUGGAAAAUAAAAGUAUUGUGAAGUAUACUUUUAUUUUACAAGUAUUGUAUGAACUAUAUAUCUGAUAAUCCCACUGUGCCAGACCUGGUGACUGACUGUGUUUGUUCUCUGUCCAGGUUGGGAACGAGGGCCUGGCCUCUGACCUUCCAGAUGACCCCGACACGGAGGAGGCUCUGAAGGAGUUUGACUUCCUGGUGAAUGCCGAGGACGGAGAGGGAGCAGGGGAGGCCCGGAGUUCAGGGGACGGGACCGAAUGGGGUAAGAGGAUAUCAGAUACCUAA